CCGGAUAAUCCAUUAAAAAAUCGAGAUCUAAGUGAAGACGAGUACAUGACAAUAUAUACUCACCCAAUGUUAAAAAAGGCAUUAGCAAGAUUCUCUAAAAUUACAUAUAGGCCGGCUAUUAAAGCAUCAUAUCGAAAACUGAUUACAAGUCAAAGUGGACAUGCUGACAGAUUAGACGGAAUUGCGUAUACUUCCAAUACGAAGCCCUAUGAAAUCUGUGUUAUCGAAGGCAGUAAGCUAUACAAUACUGAAACCGGAAAGGAAUCUGAAGAUUUUAUUCAAAAUGCACGCGCUG